AUGUCAUAUGUUUACAUUGUGCAGAUUUAUGCAGUCGGAUCUUCCUCCAAUAAUGGAAUAUAUGCACUGGAUUUUCAUCCAGAUACAAGCUCUGCAUGCCAUGUGGACUACAAUGAGGAAACAAAAGGCUCUGAGGAAAAUCAACCUGCAGAAAACAAGUUUAUUCCCUUAUCCGAAAGGGUGCUUUCCUGUGCAGCCCAUCCACUCAGUCAUGACAUAAUUUGUGGUACCGAGUUCUCGUCGUUGCUCAUGGUAUCACAAAAGCAUGAGACCGUCAGAGAUCCAGAGUAG